CGUAAAAGCGCAAAAGCAUCAGGACAAAACGGGGGAAAACCGGUGCAUCACUUUCAUUUUCAUCCUAUUGAAACUACUGGUUAGCUUAACCACAAGGAAAAAUAAGAAAGGUACGCCUAGAGUUGCGGUUGUGCUAUUUAAACUAUAAAUCUAUUGAAAUUAUGUUCGGGAAACAUCGCUGAAGUUUCUGUAAAUAAUCAUAGUUUGUAAUCAUAUUGUCAAAUGUCAUAGUAACGUUAAACAUGCUGAGCAAAUACAGAUCCGAGCAUAUUGAUUUGUUACGCAGACCACUCCGUAACACUCAGCGUGACUUUAUACUAAAACAGAAACUGUUAUAAGCAUUAGCUAUCUUACAUAUUCUGCUCUGUUCGGGUGUAUUAUAAUAUUAUCGGGCCGUGUGAACUUCCCAGCAAGCACUGCGCGCAUUACGUUCUUUCCGGUUAGCUGCUGGCUACCCUCAGAUACCGGGAUGAUCAGACCUCAUUCACCGGGCCCGUGUGUUUCAAAUAAACCCGCUGGUCUCCGUCACUGGAACUGUAAUGUCGAUGAUUACCGUCAGCAGUACGAGAGUGACAAGCAGUGGUUCAUCAGACGCCAGUUCAUUGUGAAACACAUUGACGAGUACGAGGGAAAUGCUCUUGAUAAGCUACUGGCCCUGUCGAUGGUGUGGGUUAACCAUGUUUUCAUGGGAUGCAGGUAUGGCUCCCAACUGAUGCACAAGGUGCUUGAGAUGGCAGAAGGGAUUGAUGUUGGCGAAAUGCCCUCGUAUGAACUAGUUCCAAACGCAGAAGCAAAAAAGAGGCCACAUUCAUCGGAUGGAAGUGAAACACCCAUGAGGAAAAUGCCUGUGUCAAAAUUCACAUCCAGACCUCGAUUUGAACCGGUGCACUUUGUAAGUGGAGGAACCAGCGGUAGUGGAAACGGAGAAACUGAUGAAAAAGAAAACGAGAAGGAGCGCAGGAAGGGCGAGAUGAAUGACGUAAGCCAAAGGGAACCAGAUUGUCAGCCGUAUAAUGGUAACGGCUCCUCUUCCUCCUCUGGCUCCCUUGAGAUGGGGAGUUACAGUUAUGAUUCUUGGCCUGAGCACAGAAAUAAGAACGUGGACUCGGGCGGCACAAGUGGGCUCGGCUAUGGCAGCAGAGUCUCCACCCCGAACUUCAUGGGCAAGGUGCAUCAGGAGUACACCGCUAGAUACGAAGCGCACAAUGCCAAACAAUCAGACUCAUUUUCCCAAGCUGGACGAAGUGAUGGCUAUGGAAGCGCUGGACGGUCUGGAGCCUGGGAUAGUGGACGGCAUGGACUGGGAUUUGGACAACAGGAUAGGCCAACAUCCAGCAAGGCUUUCAGCAGGGUCUACGACACCCCAAGCAGAGGCAGCUCUGGCCUUCUCCCAACACCCUCACAGCCAUCUUCUAUCCCCACAUCAAUAGUUGAUGAAAAACAGUGGCUGAUUACUAGAGUAUCCUCAGCUGUUGCCGUUACUCUGAGAGAUCCUGUGUUCAUGAGUGGACCCGACACGCCAAACUACAAUUUCAUACUCAGCCGCAGCAUUCAAGCUUGCAAGACGAACCCAGAGUACAUCUAUGUUAAUUUAAGAGAUAUUCCACCUGCUGAUCUUCCUAAAAACAGAAAAGUACCCUCUGAAGGAUACGCAUGUGAACUGAGGUGCCAGUCUGUGUACCUUGCCACAGGGUACUCUGGGAGCAAAAACGGUGCCAGAGACCGAGCGUCAGAACAGGCCGUCAAGCUGUUCAUGAGGCCGGUGGAAAUUCGUGUCUUGCAACGACAGUACAAGCGUACUUACGUUAACGACAUGGUAGUGUGCCAAGUGAACACUCCAAACCCAGUUCUUCCCCCACCUCUUCGCAACCCAGAGGACAAGCCGCCCCCUAGUACCAAGGGCCAGUAUGAGCCUGAUCGAAGCAAACACUGGACUGAAUUUGUGAUCAUGGAGAAUGCACAUGAUGCCAUUUGUAUACUCAACAACUCUGCUGCUUUCAACCGCAUGAAAGUUGAUUACACUUUUGACCCGGUUCCCAACAGCAAUUCAUGGCUCUGUAGUGUGUACUUACAGGGUGAGCUGGUGGCUGAAGCCAGAGGAACUAAGAAGAGCUCGAAACACUUGGCGGCGGAGGAGGCGGUUAGGAAGUUGCGAAUGAACCAGGCAGCUCGUCAACAUCAAGAGCAGCAACAACAGCAGAAUUUUUCUGGAGGGAACCACACUCAAGACCAGCCUGGUAGUCGGUACGCCCAGCAGAGCAACAGGAACGCACAACUAGGUGAACUGGUCAUCCUUGAAAACUCUGACAACGCUAUUUGCAUAAUAAACGACACUGCUCAAUUUAAUAAAGUCCUUGCUGACUACAAGUUCACCGUCCUGCCGGACCAUCGCUGGCGGUGUGAAGUUUACCUCGACGGUCAGUAUGUGGCUGCAGGCAUUGGACCUAAAAAGACCGUCAAGCACAUUGCAGCCGAGGAGGCCCUCGCCACACUUCGGCGCACACAAGCUGUGGUGAAGUCCAACCUUAGGAAGGAGGGCCACGUGGAUGCAAUUUCCCGAAAUCAAAUCAUGGCUCGUUCUGGCGAGGAAUCCUUGAGGCAGGAGAUCAAGGAGGACAACAUCGGUAACCAGCUUCUCCGUAAGAUGGGGUGGACGGGUGGUGGUUUGGGUAGAGAAGGAGACGGCAUUGCAGAACCUAUUAAGGUCAAAGAGCAGUUUACUAGGGAAGGACUUGGUAUGGACAUGGACAGGCAAAGUAGUCAGCUGACUAAGCGCGAUAUUGAGGAGAUCAUUCGUAAUUAUGCGAGUUCAGACCGUCAGGAUGACCUGCGCUUCUCCACGGAGCUUAAUAAUGAAGAGCGGCGACAGAUACACCAAGUAUCUCAAAGAUACGGGCUGCGGAGCAAAUCAUAUGGACAAGGCCGGCAACGCUUCCUCGUGGUUAGCCGCAGAGUUCAGAAGGAACAGCUGAUUGGUCAGCUAUUGCAGGAGGGGCAGGUGGGACGAUAUGAACUGGUAAAGCCUCAGGCUUUGCAAUGACUAAGCCCCUGAGAAACCAACAGAUGACUGUUAAUAAAAGCAAAGGGGUUUUACUUGUCACUUUUCCUGUUAAUUUGUUUCUGGAGAGUGUAAAAUAUUUUUAAAAAAAAAAAGGUGGACUUAAUCCUGGAAAAUCUGUCAGGUGUCUGACUACAGUGUGUACUCUUUGCCUCCCUUUACCAUGUAUUUCUGUACAACUUGUCCAGAUUUGCCGUAGGUUAGUUUAAGAUUAUAAGAUGAACACUUACAGUUGAGGUCAAAAGUUUACAUACACUUUGCAGAAUCUGCAAAAUGUUAAUUAUUUUACCAAAAUAAGUGGGAUUAUACAAAAUACAUUCAUGUUAUACUUGAUUCUUAAUACUGUGUUGUUAACUGAAUGAUCCACAGCUUUUUUGUUUUGUUUUUUUUGUUUUCUUAGUGAUAGUUGUUCAUGAGUCCCUUGUUUGUCCUGAACAGUUAAACUGCCUGCUGUUUUUCAGAAAAAUCCUUCAGGUCCCACAAAAACUGUUUCUUUAGCAUUUUUGAGUAUUGGAACCCUUUUAACUACAAUGACUAUGAUUUUGAGAUCCAUGUUGAGAGCUGGGGGGUGACAGCUUUUCGAAUUUGAAGAUAAGUGUAAAUGUAAUUUAUUUUGUCCUCUGGGAAACGUAAGUGACUUCAGUAGCUUUUGAAGGGCAGUACUAAACGAAAAGAAUAUGAUAUUUAGGCAAAAUAAUAAAAAUGUACACGUCUUCAUUAUCGUCAAAAGUUUAUACCCCUGGCUCUUAAUGCAUUGUUUGUGUUUGAACCUUCUGCAGUAGUCCCUCUGUGUGAAAAGAUGGAUCUCAGAAUCAUAGCCAUUGUUGGAAAGGGUUCAAAUACACAAAAAUGCAGAAAAAACAAAGAAUUUGUGGGACCUGAAGGAUUUUUCUAAAGAACAGUGAACCAUUUAAACUGUUCAGGACAAGCAAGGGACUCAAGAACAACUAUCAAAAACAGCUCUGGAUCAUUAUUAAGAAUCAAGUGUAUGUAAACUUUUGAACGGGGUCAUUUUUAUAAAUUCAGCUAUUAUUUUCCCUUGUGGACUAUAUGUAAACAUCAUUUAUGUGACAUAUCUUAUUCAGGUCAGUACUAAAUAAAAAAUAACAUGCAUUUUAUAUGAUCCCUUGUAUUUUGGUAAAAAAUUAACAUUUUGCAGAUUUUGCAAGGUGUAUGUUAACUGUAUGUUACUAACUAAACUUUGUCAUAUCAUGUAUCCUGUGAAUAUUUAUUGACAUGGAUAUUAGUAGUGGGGCCUUACAGCAGCAUGUGACAUUCCAUUUUAUGUUCACAACGGACAAUAUAUCAUUCACUCUUUCAUCUGUUGUAAGAUAAACACUUGAAAUAUAAAAAUAACCUUUAAGUAAUUACAAACAGUAUAUAUUUUUGUCAUUUUCUGAUUGUUGAUUGUAGAAUUAAAUAUUUAUCUCAACCCUAAAAGACUACAACUCCCUGUCCGGCAAAUGUCUGAGCAGCAGUCCCUGUGAAAUUUGCUAUUGCGAAUACUGUCAACCUGUCUGCUUGUAUUGACACAUUAAAUUUAGUCUGGUCAUAGUCCA